AUGGCCGACCUGGCAUCUCGGAAAACGUCGAGGGUGUUGGGAGGAGCUUCUGCAGCUUUCUUCUUAUGGCUCCUAGGCCCGGCAAGACUCUUUGCAUCGGGUCCUCCGAGCACAAGAGGACAGAACACACUGCCAGAACGACGAGAACGAUGUCUACGAAGGGCAGCUGCAGAUGUCAUGGCAAGCAAGGGCAUGGAAGAUCUUGUCACACACAGGAGCAUGAAGUCAAGACGGCAGCAGCAGGCCCUGCGUACCUGGCGAAAGGAAGGUGCCAAUUGGAGCACGGAGCCUUUCGUGCUUUCCAACGGAGAGGAAAUAAUUGCAAACCUGAAGCAUGGAACUAACAUUCUGAUGAACGGAGCCAAAGAGUUUCCCCCAUGGAAAGACAUUCGGCCAGAGCAUGCUCACCGUGGUCACGAAUGGAUGGAAAAAACUGCGAUUAAUGACAUUUGGCAACAUCAUUGCAUUGUGCCUUAUGUGUCAGACGACUGGAGGUAUGUGCUCGACCCUCUAGAGAGAGUGCUGGACAAAGUGGAUCGAGCAUUUUCGGCUGUGAAGCAUGUAAGGGACGUCCUCGACCCGUCGGUGAAGUUCAAGAAAGCAUUCAGAUACGCGGCACAAGCUCGUUGGACGAUUGAGCGCCGUCUGCGCCGCUGCGAUCGAUUUUCUCGCGCUUUUCUAAAGCUGUUGUCGAGUGACGACAAUGCAACCGAAGCCCAGAGGAGGGCAGCGGCUUUCCUGAUGAUUCUGUUUGAGCAAGAUGGAGUCAAUCUGCAGCAUAAUGGGAUCUACAGAGAUGAUCCGGAUGCAUUUCUGGAGCUCCAGAAGGUCCGAGGUGCUGUUUUCAAUAUUUCGCUCAUCUGGGAUCAAAACAUUGAGCGAGACAUGGAGAUGCGGGCGUAUUUGAUCAGAGAUCGGCAGGAUCUGGAUGGUAUACCCCCGUGGAUCUUGGAAGAUGCUGUGCAGUCUGCGAGGCAGGCGGGGUAUCCUAAGGCUAGUCGAGAUCGCGGCCCUUGGCUUCUGUCACUGCACGAUGCAAUGGCAGAGCCGGUCUUGCGCACUGCCAAAAGCCGUGCGCUGCGGGAGCUAAUUCACGAGAACCGGCUGAGGGUUGCCUACCUCGGAGGCGCGGGCAAGAACGACAACACCCCUCUGUUAGAGCUUCUCUUACAGGCCCGGCAGCGGUUGGCCAAAGUCGUGGGCUACCGGACACAUGCCGACCUCGUCUUCACCCGGACGAUGGCGAGUCCGAAUCAAGCCUACGGCUUGCUAGCGAAGCUUCGCAAAGAGGCCCUUCCCAAAGCACGGAAGGAGCUCGACGAGCUGCAACUUUUCGCUCGCUCACAAGGUGCCGACUACGAGCUAGACCAUUUUGAUGUGGAGUACUGGGGGCAAAGAUUGUUGGAGGAGCGUUAUGGCCUGCGAGACGAAUAUAUCCGAGAGUUCUUCCCUUUGCCUGCAGUGCUCAACGGCUUGUUCUGGCUUCUACAGCAUCUUUUCCAUGUCAAGGUGAUUGAGGAGAAAAGCGACUUGACAUGGGCCGAGCAUGUACGCUUCUUUCGCAUCAGAGAUACCGACAACGAAGACUUGGUAGCAUCCUUCUUCCUCGAUGCUCACAGACGGUGGGGCCAGAAGAGAAGGGGCUUCUGGUCUUCAUCAAUACAGGGCUAUUCAGAGAUUUUGGGCCACCGGUCUUCUCCACGCAGACCAGCUGUGAACAUCAUGUGUGAUUUGGAGCCACCCGCAGACUCGCCCAGCUUGCUUACUCAUCGCGAGGUAGUAAAGCUCUUUCGUGUGUUCGGAUCAAGCCUGCGUGAUCUUUUCUGCAAGCAGCCAGAGGGUCUUCUUUCCGGCAGCGCAGGGCUUGAAACGGACAUUCUUGAACUACCUGGCUACUUCCUCGAAAGAUGGGCUUACGACCGACGAGUGCUUUCUGAGAUGGGCCGACACUACAAGACUGGAGAUGCCCUGCCAGAGGCAGCGGUUGAUGCUCUGUCGGAAUCAAGGACUUUCUUAAAUGGAGUCCGUACUCUUCGGAAGGCUGCUCGGGCUCACAUCGAUCUGGAGCUUCACGCGGACUACGAUCCCAAAGGGGACAUCAACGUCUUCGAUCUUGCGAAGCUCAUCGAAGGUGAGUACGCCGUCAUCCGACCGAGGGUGCAAGAUCGAGAGCUUUGCGGCUGGCCCUUGAACUCGGAGACGGCCGGCGCGUUUUAUGGCCAGCUUUGGGCGGAAGCCCUUGCUGCUGACGUCUUCUCCGUCUUCGACGACCCGCCUGUCCCCGCAUUCGAGCUUUGGGGAAGCGGAGAGCGCUUUCGACGACUUCUGCUAGAACCGGGUGGUGGAAAGGCCCCUGGCACAGCACUUCAGGAAUUCCUGGAACGGCCACCUUCCUUCGUGACCUUCUUGAAAGACGCAAAGCUGCUGGGGGACGACACGGAGGAGAUGAGGGAGCCGCCGCAGCAAACACCGGCAGGCGAAGACGAGUACUACGACGGCGCGUACUAUGGCGAGGUCGACGCAGACUUCGAUGACAGCUAUGCUGAGUUCGAAGAUGCUGAAGACACGUACUUAUCUACAUCAAAUGCAGACCAGGUAGAUGGAUCUGCAAGCGCUCCGGGGUAA